GACUCAGCUUCCAGGGAAAUUAGUACAUGGCUUGACCUUACAAUAGCUCAAGCUCACGGCUCAGUUUGCACUGGUGUGGUGGUGAUGGUUUUUCUUUUUGUGUGUGUUUUUGUUUUUUGUUUUGGGAUGAUCUGACCAACUGAGCAAAUGCCCAUCUCACCUUUAUCACCGAGUUGCUCUAAGGCCUAUUUUUCCAAGAUGUCCUUUCUCUUGGUUUGGCCGCUGAUGCUAGCCAUCCUUCCCACCGGACAGAGUUGCACGGAGGAGAUGCUGGUGAAUAACAGAACAGCAUGUUGUCGCAUUUGCCCGCCUGGCUAUUAUAGUUUGGGAACCUGUAACGGCACUGAGACAACAACGAAUACUGCAAAGUACAGAUGUGAAAGAUGUUCUAAUGGCACAUACACUGAAAGACAAAACUUUAUUGAAAAAUGCCUUAUGUGCGCCCCAUGUCCUAACAAAAGAGGACAGAUGGUCAAAAAGCCCUGCAUGCACAACAGCAACACAGUUUGCACCUGCAAGGAGGGAUUCUUCAACAGAGGCUACCAUAACACUGAACUAUACUGCGUCAAAUGUUCAUUUAAGAACUGUGAACAUCCAAAUUGUGCUGAGAUGUGUCCACGGGUAUUAUGCAAGCAGGGCUUUUAUCAAGACAACAUGAAAAAUUGCCAGCCCUGCCUAAGACAAGAAUGCAUGCUACACCCAGAAUGUAAAAAGAAUUGUUCGACUACUACAUCGACAACUACAGCUACAACAACAUCUACAUCUGCAUCUGCAUCUGCAUCUGUGACUACAGUUUCAAAUGGCAAUUCACCAAAUCCCCAAAUCAAUCGAUUUAUAAACACUUCAGACUCCCAUGCAGCCAUGCUGAUCCUGCUGGUGGUUCUGGUCACUGUUCUGCUGCUAGUCAGCCUGUGGCUGUUCACCAAGACCUUGGUCCACAAUCCAGACAGGUGGCACUGCUGGUGGAGCUCCAACAAGGAGGGAACAUCUUCUGAGAGAUGCAAAUUCAAUGAACACCAGUGUCAUCAACCCAGCAGCGCGACCACACUGACACUGAACAUACAUGAAGAAAUUCCCUUGAUGUCUCACUGUCAGAGUCAAGCCAUAGCAGACCAUUCAUCCCACAUCACCCCACUUGUGCUGGACACAGAGGGCAGAGCCCUCAGACAAGAGAAGCCAUCUGAGCACUGGCCUGCCACCGUCCUCUAUGCCAUCAUUAAAGAGGUUCCUCUGCGUCGGUGGAAGGAGUUCUUGCGGCUACUUUCAGUGGCUGACCAAGAGCUAGAGCGGGUGGAACUGGAGGCUGGCUUGGGCGUGGGCUUUCUGGAGAAGCAGUACCAGAUGCUGAGGCUGUGGAGCCAGCGGCCUUCUGCAGCUCUGGACGACAUCUACGCAGCCCUGCACUACAUGAACUUAGCCGGCUGUGCCCAGCUGCUGCAGGAGAGCAUAGAGCAGCUGCAGUGGAAGAGCAGAAGUGAGGUUUCGCAGCCUUCAGAGGUUCAGCAGGCUGUGAUUUCACCAGGCCAGCGUAGGACAGUUGAGGCCAAGGCUGCACCUAAUGAACCGUGAACAUGUCCUUGAGGAGAGAGACAAUAGUUCAACCAUGGCUGCCAGUGCAUAGGACUAGAAACUUCAAACCGCAAACCACAAAAGACAAUGCUGGAUAUUGGCUGUAACAACAUUACAAGUGACCCAAGGCUGAAGAACAGAGAUAUCAAAUCAGCUGCUACUGGAUUCUGUUUUUUCUGACUUCUUUAUAUGGAUGAAUACGAUCAGAUGCAUGUAAGUAUAAAACGUUGCCUUUAUUAGGCCAAAACCAUAACAAGGCGUUUAUGGAACCAAGCCAUAAGACAUUUGUUUAUUUUGCUGGCAAAUGACUGUUUUAAAUGGAGAAUGUACGUAUAACAUGAUGGACUGGCUGCAGUGCAGCAUAAGCUGCAGAACUUGAGCUGGGAGGAGGGUUUUCCCCAGUGGCACAUGACAUUUUUGAGGCAUCUGUAAGAAUGACAUCAAGAUCACCUCACAGUUUGGCAGAACUGUACAGAGAAAGUGAAUGACUACUAACACUCUUCUUUCACUGAGCAGGGACUGUCACUUACACCCCCCUAAGUUCUCCAGUGACACCUCAUAGUGGGCAACAGUGCAGGGCUGUGGUUUUAGUUGGUAGUGCCCAGAUGUGAAUGUGUAACUGUAUGCAUGUGUGACAAACAGGAAUGUGCUGAAAAAGAGUACAUACUCUCAGCAAAGCUCCCGUGUAUAAAUUAACAAAUAACAAUAUUUUAUCUUCAGAAAUUAACCCACAGUAUGGGUUACAGGGUGUAUCCUAUUGUUUGGGUUCUGUUAGUAGAAGCUGGUGCUUCCCGUUGUUUCAACAUUCAACCUGUCAGAGUAAAAAAACUGUUCCAGUUUGAGUAUUUAAUGUGCACAUUACACUUCACAGGAAAUAUAGUCUAUAUAGAUGCCCAAAUAAAGUAUCUCAUUUGAUACUUUAUUUGGGCAUCUGAAACAUGAAUGUCUAGCAUUAGAUCUCAAACAUUACUUCAUUUAUGCACGUACUCUCACAAGGGAAGAAGAGUGAAAUCCCCGCAGGAUGUCAGACUUUCCUUCACAUAGAUGCAGCAGUAUAUUGGACUGCCACACAGCGCCUUUGUUUCCUCACCACACUUAUAUUCCAUUCAAGUCAGUGGUUUCACUGUUAUGAUGUUAGGGUAUCUCACUUUGAGAGUUUUUUGUUUGUAAAUUGUAUUACUGUCAGUAAAAAAAAAAAAAAAAAAACUUGGACACUCCAAAUGAUCGCUAUUUUUGUAUUUGUAUUUAAAUAGAGACCUGUUUUUUCUGUUACUGACCCCAGAGAGAUUUGCCUUUGUAUUGAUUUUUUAAAAUUAUUUUUCUUAUUUUGAAAUAAAUUCACUUAUGGACGCUUGCAUACUUUAAAAAUGUGGUUAUCAAAGUGAGGUCCGGGGUCCAGCUGGGCUCCCACAGGGAAGUCCAGAUGGUCAGUAGAAAAGAAAAAAAAAAAAGUUUAAUUUCACAUCUAGCGACUAGCUCAAUUACUUGCUGUGGCUAUUACUGUAUAAGGAUGACUAUUACAUCACAAAGAGUGUUUACAAGUUUUGCAUCAAAUCAAAUAUGGUAUAAAUAUCCAAUGUGUCUAAAUUAUAAAGCAUAAUUUAUAUCUUAAAUGCAGUUACACAUAUCUAUUUAGAGGGUUCUAGAUGUGAAAAGGUUUUGGAGCCCCUGCUUCAGGUGAUCUCAAGUGGAAUAUGGUGCUACUGCCAGAACUCAGGGUUUGAUUUCCAUUGAGCCCACCCAUACCAAAAAUGUAUGCAGUCAUGGUAUUGAAAUAUGCCUUGGGUAAACGCGACCACUAAGUGUUGUAUUUCCUGUGUGAAUAAAAAAAAG